AUGGCGUCUGAUAGCAUUGUCAUCGUCGGGGCGGGAAUCAUAGGUCUCGAUGUCGCUCUCGUUCUCUCCCAACAAGGGUAUGGGAAGAACAUCACAGUCAUAGCCGAAUACCUCCCCGGCGACACUUCACCAUCAUACACAUCUCCUUGGGCUGGCUGCAACUUUUCCGCCAUUUCUGGCACUGAUGCCAACGCGAUAAAAUGGGAUCGCCACGGCUAUGCGCACUUGAAAAAGCUAGCUGCAGAAGACUCUGAAAAGUCUUUCGUCAAGAGGACGCCGUCAAUUGAGUUUUGGGAUGACAAUGUGCCGCAUGACAAGAUAAAGGCUAUGGCCGAUUAUCUCGAUGACUUCCGAGCAAUAUCUGCACAAGAGCUUCCCGAAGGCGUCAAGUUCGGAUGUGCAUUCACAACUUUGACUGUCAACGCGCCAGCUCACUGCCUGUAUCUGUACAACAGACUAAGAGAAGAGUUUGGCGUGCGGUUCAUCCGACGAAAGCUCGGAAGCAUCCAUGAGGCGUAUAAUAACCCUGCUACGAAACUUGUCUUCAACUGCACCGGCAACGCACCAAAGACGCUAGCAGGCGUGCAAGACGCGAAGUGUUAUCCCACUCGUGGUCAAGUUCUGCUUGUGAGGGCAUCUCAUGUCAGUACCAACGUCAUGCGUCACGGCAAGGAUUACGAGACAUAUGUCAUUCCGAGACCUGGGUCAAAUGGAAAUGUCAUUUUGGGAGGAUACAUGCAAAAGGGCAAUGAUGACAGCGCUACGUAUUCAUCCGAGAGCGAGUCUAUCCUCCAAAGGACAACAGAACUAAGCAAAGAGCUGCAGCAGAAGGAACCUGAAGUUUUGGCUGCAUUCGCGGGUAUGCGACCGUCUCGCGAAGGUGGCGCAAGAAUCGAACGUGAUGAGAUCCCCAUCAAUGGAGAAAGACGCAUAAUUGUGCAUAAUUAUGGUGCUGGUGGUACAGGCUUUCAAGCUGGUUACGGUAUGGCAUUGGAUGCCGCCAAGAGCAUCGAGGAUGUUCUGAGCACCCUUCCUACCAGGUCAUUAUUGUAA